AUGGUUUUUGGACAGGAAAAGUAAGUCAAUUCGUAAUAUGCUGGAUGAAAUGAUAUGCCGUAUUUUACAAAAAAAGUUUUUUGGUCCAAAAGUUCAGGGUAAUUCAAGGGUAGAACAUAUAAGAGAGAGUAAGACCAAGGUAGAUUAGUUUAGAGAAGGGUAGCGUAUGGUAUGGUAAGAAGGGUAGGAAAAAAAGGCAGAGUAAAGUAGAGUACAUAUAAUAGAGUAGGUUCUAAGUAGCUCAAGGAAAGGAAAUACUGGACAAGAUAAGAGCAAGAUAGAGCGAAAAAAACGCAAAUACAGUAGCAUUAGAACGGGGUAGAGCAUCAUUUAGUGAGACAGACUAUGGCAGGCAGGGUAGGGUGAGGAAGGGUAGAUUAGAAUAGGCUACCAAAACGUAGAGUAGGGUAGGACAAAGUAAGGCAAGAAUGCGCAGGGUAGAUUUAGGUGGGUUAGGGUAGGGUAGGGUAGAGUAGGGUAGGACAAGUAAGGCAAGAAUGCGCAGGGUAGAUUUAAGUUGGUUAGGGUAGGGUAGGGUAGAGUAGGGUAGGACAAGUAAGGCAAGAAUGCGCAGGGUAGAUUUAAGUUGGUUAGGGUAGGGUAGGGUAGAGUAGGGUAGGGUAGGGUAGGGUAGGGUAGGGUAGGGUAGGGUAGGGUAGGGUAGGGUAGGGUAGGGUAGGGUAGGGUAGGGUAGGGUAGAGUAGGGAAGGGUAGGGUAAAGUAGGGUAGGGCAUAAUAAGGUGGGGGUAGGGUAGGGUAGGGCAGGGUAAAGUAGGUUAUGGUAGGGUAAUGUAGAGAAGAGUACGGUAGGACAUGAUAAGUUAGGAUAGACUAAAGUAGGAUAAGGUAAAACUUUUUAAAAUUUGUAAUUUCAGUCCAUGUUACCUAAAAGUAAGGUCAGUAGGAGUGAAUCCGGCUAGAAACUCAAUUCUACUCAUUGAUAAAAACAAUAAAGUUCAUACUUUUGAAUUAUCGACCAGACAAUUAAAAUCUACUCAAGAUUUGGAAAAUGUUUUCUCAAAUGCUCCUGAAAAUGUAAGUUGAGCCUUGUAAAGAAAGUUCUUGCCAUUUUUUAAUUCGUAAAGAAAGUUCUUGCCAUUUUUUGUUUCGUUAAAAAAAGUUCUUGCCAUUUGCAUAAAAGCAAGCAAUUUUUUGAAUUUGCAGGCUGCGAGUGACAAGUUAUACGAUGAAAAGUAUUUUUUGCACUGUAAAGAAAGUUACUGCCAUUUUACGUUUUGUAAAAAAAAUUCUUGCCAAUUUUUAUGGAAAUUUUGAAAAUAACUUAUAAAUUGCCUAAUUUACCGUACUGUAUAUAUGAUGGCAUAAUAUCUAACGCGUAUUUUACUUUUUUCAGAUUGACCUAAUAGUCAGCAAUAAUGACCAAAUCCAAUUGGUCGAUGAGAGAACAAUCCAUUCUUAUCAUCAAAACCCUGAUGGCACUUUCGAAUCAGUCGGAGGGACGAAACAACUUCAUUCUAGAGUCAUCUUCUACCCUGACAGCUCGAUUUCAUUAAAUAAUGGCACGGUCUAUCUUAUCAAUGUGAGUCAUGUUUUGUACCGUAUUACUGAUUGUAUCAUACCCUACCCUACCCUACCCUACCCUACUCAGUGAUAAGGGUAAUGGUAAAGAUAGGGGUAGGAGUAAGCGUAGGGGUAGGUGUCGCUCAAAAAGAGCGAAGUAAAACCGUUCCCACAAAAUAUAUCUGAUCUAUCUGGGAACGGCCAAAAAGGGCGGCCGUUUCGUCUUUAUCAAGAUUUACAUAACAAUGUAAUAACCGUUUGAUUAAUCAUAAACAAGUCACUAAUGAAUGUUUGUAAUUGGUACAAACAGUGUGAGCUCUUUUUGUGCAUCUGGCGUACAAUAGCUGUGGGUGGAUCCGGUAUCCAAUAGUGCCAGAACAAUAGCUGAUCGUUCUGGGUCGUAUGGAUUAGUCAAUCGUAAAUAGCAGCACAGGAGAGCUGACGGUGUGGAAUGAGGGUCGCGUGGUAGAUACGACUCGCUGAGCUUCUCUUCUUUGUUAGGUGAAAGUGCAUAGAGCUCGUAGCCGUUGUUGCUGUCAUUGUCAUUGCUGUCACUGUCAUCGUCGAUGGUCAGCAUUGCAACUUCUUUAACAGGGGUGGCAUUGCCUCCAGUAGGUUUAAAGAAUGGCUUGGCAACAGUUGAUGACCAUCGACAACGACAAUGACAGCAACAACAAUGACAGCAACAACGUCUACGAGCUCUAUGCACUUUCACCUAACAAAGAAGAGAAGCUCAGCGAGUCGUAUCUACCACGCGACCCUCAUUCCACACCGUCAGCUCUCCUGUGCUGCUAUUUACGAUUGACUAAUCCAUACGACCCAGAACGAUCAGCUAUUGUUCUGGCACUAUUGGAUACCGGAUCCACCCACAGCUAUUGUACGCCAGAUGCACAAAAAGAGCUCACACUGUUUGUACCAAUUACAAACAUUCAUUAGUGACUUGUUUAUGAUUAAUCAAACGGUUAUUACAUUGUUAUGUAAAUCUUGAUAAAGACGAAACGGCCGCACUUUUUUGGCCGUUCUCAGUUAGAUCAGAUAUAUUUUGUGGGAGCGGUUUUACUUCGCUCUUUCUGAGCGACAGCAGGGGUAACGGUAGGGGUAAGAAUAGGGGUAGGAUAGCAUAUUUUAACUGCCAUUAUUUUUCAGGGUGGAGUAUUUGCGGACUACAACCUAGCCUCGAACACCCCUAACAUUCUUGGCAAUCGUGAUGUUGUGUUAGCCAAUCUUCCAGAGAGAGGUUUUUCGGCUUUUCCGAUUGAUAAUCAACCAACUCAAGCCAAUCUCUACGUAUUUUUCGACCAAAAAGUGGGCGAGUAUAAUAUGGAAGAAAAGGUUUUGAAAAAUGAAGUCAAUGUGAAUCAGUUCUUCAGCUGUUAG